GGGCCGGGGGGUGGUCCAGACAGUCGGUCCUUGUGUCGCUGUACCUCACACGCUCAGCCUGUGAAGAGGAGCCGCUUUCCGCGCGCAGUCUCCCCGCCUGGCUGGUAAACAACAACGCUGCUGCUGCUGCUGCUGCUGCCGCUCCUCCGGCGUCGCUCCUCCGGCGUCGCUCCAUCACUCCGGCUCCUCCCGCUGAACUUCAACGAUGCCAGAUGGAAAACUGGAACCGUGCUGGACGCAUUCGUUCCCUACUAACUGAGGAAGCGUCUGAGGACUAAACGGGGAAGCAGCAGCAGCGGUCUGUGCUGCAUCAGAAACAAACCAACGAGCUGCAGAAGCCUGAAAUCCCUCUGUGACAUUGUCUGGUUUCAUUCUGGGGUUUCGAAGGAGGACCUGGAAAAGACGCAUGUGUCUAGAUGAAGUGGUUCAGCCAUGCAAUGUUCCUGGAAGUCAGUGAUUCUGCUGGCCUUAGCCUCCAUCGCCAUCCAGUACACAGCCAUUCGGACGCUCACCUCCAAGCCUUUCCAGCUCUGCCAACUGCCCAGCCCCCAGAACUGCGGUGUUGGGGCCCAGGAGACAGACCCAUCCUUUGAGCGAGGAACAGCUGGAGGGGGGGGCUGCGAUGACUACUCCUACUUUUCAGUAAACUCCACUCGUAAACUGCACAUACUAGUCUUAGCCACUACAAGAAGUGGAUCAUCCUUUGUUGGCCAGCUACUGAAUCAGCACCAGGAUAUAUUCUACCUGUUCGAACCCCUUUAUCAUGUUUAUGCCACAUUGGUCCCACGACAGUCAUACACUCGCAAUCCAGCAGAGCGGCGUGUGACUUUAGGUGCCAGUCGAGACCUUCUACGCAGCCUAUAUGGCUGCGACCUGUAUUUCUUGGAAAACUACAUCAAGCCCACUCCUUCAAACCACACCACAGACAAGCUGUUCCGUCGCGGGGCCAGCCGGGCGCUGUGUCAGCAACCUGUGUGCGAUGCCUUUGGUCCUGGUGAUCUAAACGUGGAGGAAGGAGAUUGUGUGAAGAAAUGUGCAACUCUUAACAUGACCCUAGCGACUGAAGCAUGCCAAGAGAAGCGGCACGUUGCCAUCAAAGUUGUUCGGGUACCAGAGAUUGGGGAUCUCAGAGCUCUGGUUGAAGAUCCUCGACUGAAUAUUAAAAUAAUUCAGCUAGUCAGAGACCCUCGUGGCAUCCUGUCAUCACGGAUUGAGACAUUCAGGGACCCAUAUCGUCUAUGGCGCAUUUGGAGGGCCACAGGGAGAAGGCCUUACAAUCUAGACCUGAAUCAGCUCACAGUUAUUUGUGAAGACUUUUCCAACUCUGUUUCCACUGGCUUGAGCCAUCCCCAUUGGCUUAAAGGGAAAUACAUGGUGGUUCGAUACGAGGAUUUGGCUCGAAAUCCACUUCUCAAGACACAGGAGAUGUAUGACUUCCUGGGAUUAUCUAUGGAUAAAAAUGUGAAACACUGGAUACGUACAAACACUCAAGGCAGCAAUGAGCCUUCAGCUAAACACAAGUUUGGAACCGUGAGGGACUCAGCAGCUAACGCAGAAAGUUGGCGUUUGAAACUAUCUUAUGACAUUGUAGAUUUCACGCAAACAGUUUGUCAGAAAGUACUUAAUCAAUUGGGUUAUAAGGCUGUGAAAUCAGUCGAGGAACUGAAAAACAUGUCCUUCUCGCUGGUACAGGAUAAAGCCUUUGUACCGUUUUUGUAACAAAGAUAGUUCUCUGAUGACUAUUUUUGAUAUAUUUAUAACUGUUGCCUUAUGAAGUCCUUGGUUCAUUUCAUUUCCAUGAUUUUGUUUGUCGAAGAUUUGCACUAAAGAUUUAGAAUGCAUCACAGAAAGCAGGGGUGAGUCCCUUUUGGAAACCAUAACCGCACAUUAUAAUGAAAAGAAGAAAUGAUAUCAUCCAUCUGUUGACAAAUGACACUAUUGUUUUGUUCCCGAUGAGUAGAUUCAAUUCCAAGCAGUUUGAUCAUUAAUCUUCUGUAUGCAAAACAGUGUCUCUGCAAAGUUUAAAAUAUGUCCCCUUAAAAACAGGACUCAGAAGGGAUUCCAAAAAACAGGGUUUUAUUUUGUUUUUUGUUUUUCCCUUUUAGAUCUGUGAUGGCAAAUUUGAACUGUACAAGAUCUUUUGUGCAAUAAAUGGUGAAUGUCGCAGUCAACCU